CGCAACGGCUCGCAGCCGCCGACGCUGACGCCGGCCGUGCCCCCCGACGUGACGCUGGGGCUCACGGCCGUCUACACCGCCUUCUACGCGCUGCUCUUCGCCUUCGUGUACGCGCAGCUGUGGCUGGCGCUGCGCCACGGCCACAAGCGGCUAAGCUACCGCAGCGUCUUCCUCUUCCUGUGCCUGCUCUGGGCCUCGCUGCGCACCGUGCUCUUCUCCUUCUACUUCCGGGACUUCGUGGCGGCCAACGCGCUCGGCCCCUUCGUCUUCUGGCUGCUCUACUGCCUACCCGUGUGCCUGCAGUUCUUCACGCUCACGCUCAUGAACCUCUACUUCGCGCAGGUGAUUUUCAAAGCCAAGUCCAAGUACUCUCCAGAAUUACUGAAAUACCGGCUACCCCUCUACCUGGCCUCGAUCUUCAUCAGCCUCAUUUUCCUGCUGGUGAACCUGACCUGCGCGUUGCUGGUGAAGACGGGACACUGGGAGAGGAAGGUGAUCGUGUCCGUGCGCGUGGCCAUCAAUGACACGCUCUUCGUGCUGUGUGCCAUCUCGCUCUCCAUCUGCCUCUACAAAAUCUCCAAGAUGUCCUUGGCCAACAUCUACUUGGAGUCCAAGGGCUCCUCUGUGUGUCAGGUGACGGCCGUCGGGGUCACCGUCAUCCUGCUGUACACCUCGCGAGCCUGCUACAACCUGGUCAUCUUGUCCUUCUCUCAAAUCAAGAACGCCCACUCCUUUGACUAUGACUGGUACAACGUAUCCGACCAGGCAGACCUGAAGAACCAGCUGGGCGAUGCCGGCUAUGUGGUGUUUGGAGUGGUGCUCUUUGUGUGGGAACUCUUGCCCACCACCUUGGUCGUUUACUUCUUCCGAGUUAGAAAUCCUGCAAAGGACCUUUCCAGCCCAACGAUGGUCCCCAGCCACGGAUUCAGUCCCCGAUCUUACUUCUUUGACAACCCUCGAAGAUAUGACAGUGACGACGACCUUGCCUGGAACAUCGCACCUCAGGGACUUCAGGGAAGUUUUGCUCCAGACUACUAUGACUGGGGACAGCAGGCCCACAACUUCCUGGCGCCAGCAGGGGCUCUGCCGCCCGACCCUGGUGCGGAUCCUGACAGAGCUGGCCUCGGGUAGCGGCGUGGCAACAGCCGCUCAGAACAUUCCUGUGGAGAAGCUGCAGAAAGUGAGAGUGACUGCUUAGGUUUUAGGGCAUUUUCCUUGAGAAACAGGACUGGUACUUGUUACAGGUUUCUAAUGGCUUUAUAGGACUAAGCAAUACUUUAAAUUGAAAAUCCUUUAUUUUAGUACUAAUAAGUGAGCCUAUUUCUGUGGGUGUAAUUUAAACUUUUUAAACAGACUCUGUACUUUUUAUAAAGAUGUAUUUUAUAUAACUUAAAUAAUAAUACUAAAGUAUACUAAGGUUUUUUUCCUUCAGAAUGUCAUAUAGUUUGCACAAUUAUGCAUAAUUCACUUUAAAAGUAUAGAAUAUAUGGUCUAACUGUUUAUUACGGCUUUGGACUCAAGUAUUCCUCAAAUUCUUACCUCUGAAGGUCAGAUUCUGAGCUCCACUCCGGUGGACUCUAGAAGUGGGAGUGAUACCUAGAAAGCUAGGCGCACCCAGUAUUGAAAGUUAACUAGCUUGCCUUUUAGAGUUUUAACUUGUGUCAGGGUACUAAUGUAGCACUCCAGGGAUAACCAGCCGAUCCUGUUAAAAGCACAGCUUACACUAUUAAACCUCCUGUACUAUUAGAGCAAUUCUGCAGUUUUUGCAGCCUGGGGAGACUGAAUGUGCAUUACCUCAGGGCUGUGCAGGACCCUGCCUUUCCCUAAUCAUUGGGUUGCUACCUCCCGGAGUCCUCAAGAGGCUGAGAGGUUCCCAGAGGGCUUUAGUAGCUCUGGGGUACUAAUAGCUUUUUCUGCAAUCUUACUCUGCAAUGGUUGUGUACCUCCUGUCGGGCUGGACGCUGUCUGGAGGGCUGUAGCACUGGUCUCCAUCCGAGGGCAUGCUCCACACAGCUGCUUUGUGCUGCGCUUCAGCUAAGCCAAAUACAAUGUCUCUGACCAGAGCACCAUUCUGAAACCUCCCCUGUACAGCCUGCCACGAGGCUGGAAGCCCAGGCUUUCACACAGCAGACAACCAGGGCCUGCAGAUGAAGGGUGAUUCCAGGCCCCGGGGGUACGAGUCCUGCUCUUGCACUGUAGCCCGCGUCACACUGCUCACUCAAGCACAGACUUGUGGACAUGAGCUCCCAGACACAAGUGCACUUGUGUUGUCUGUAGCAUUUAAAAUCACGAUUGCAAGUUCCUUUUUGUGUGUGUGUGCCAGCCCUGGAGCUUGAACUCAGCGGCUGUUUCAGGGUGCUGUCUUUAAGCUUUUGCUCAAGGCUAGUGCUCUACCACUUGAGCCACACCUCCACUUCCAGCUUUUGGGUGAUUUCUUACUUAGGCUGGCUUUGAACCUUUGUCCACAGAUCUCAGCCUCCUGAAUAGGUAGGAUUACAGCAGCAACAGGCUGGAAUCUCAAGUUUUAAAAGAGUCACUUAUGUAGAAACCUCUGCCCUGCCCAAUCCCUUACCAUGCCUUGCUUUCAGACCAUGGAACUGUCUGGACUGCCUGUCAUCUAAAAGUUACCUUUCAAGGACAGUUCUACACUGGUUAUUCAGGUGGCCUAAGCAAAGUGUUGUAACAUGCUUCUCUAAACUGCUAAGGAGCCCUACCAUGAUCACACUGUCAAUGUACACUGAAAGAACUUAGGCCCAUGCAGCUUGUGCCAGCCUCCUGCAGCGGCCGAGAACAGCUUUAUUUCUGCAGUGCAGUGUCACUAAAGUCACGCCAAUUACUGUACUCACCAUGUAGUGUGUAAACACUAUAAUUCUCUUGUCUCUAGCUGGAAAACAAAUGGCCAACAUUAAAUAUUGAAGCUGCCAUCCAGUAUUUGUCAACUCCCAUAUUUUUUGCCAGAAAGGAUAAACUGUUCUAAGUGCUUCUCUACCCUCCUUUAUAAAAAGCAAUGCUGAACCCUUGCUGCUGUCCAUACAUCCCAGAGCCCAGGGGCUGGUGUCUCCUGGCAUGGGCAACUCCUUCACUGGAGAGGUGCUGCAGGAUGAGCCACCUGCCACACCUGCUCUGCCAGGCAAACCAAAGUGCUCCAGUAACCUGGAUGGUCCUUGUCUUAAAGAUUGCUCCUCCAGUAAUCUGAAAUUGUAAGUGCGUAGGAAAGGACAGUGUCACUCAAGUCUGGAGUUUGUGUGUGAUUACUAGAAGAUACAUUUGUCUCUGAAGCUAAGAGUUCCAGCUGACCUGUGUGGACCACCCACUGGCACUUCUGCAGUGGUACACAAGGAGCCUGAGCUGUUAGAGGUUCUAUUACAGUGUCCACUGCCAUCAUACGUGCCAAUGCUUCCUUAUACCAUGCUGUGGAUGGCACCCAGGGCCUUAUGUGUACAGGACUCUAUCACCGAGCUACAUCCUCCCUUGCCAACUCUAAAAUGUACCAGGAGGCAUACUCUCCCAAUAGUGCUCCUUGAAGGCUUUAAUGAAGUAUAAAAAGUUGGGCGUGGUGGCUCAUGCCUGUAAUCCCAGCUGUUUGGGAAGUGGAGAUCACAAGGACUGUAGUUUGAGGCCAGUCUGAACAAAAAGUUAGUAGGAUCCCGAUUAACCCUAAGCUGGGCUCAGUAGCUGGCUGUCUUCUCAGGUGUGUGGAAGUAUAACUGAGAAGACAGAGUUCCAGGACAGCACUGGUAUAAAUGUGAGACCCUGUUUAAAAACUAGAAGCAAACAGGUCUACAGGUCUGUAAGUGUGGCUCUGCAGUGUGGUACCAGCCUAGCAAGCACAAGGCCCUGAGUGUAAACCCCAGUGCCCCCCCCACAGCCCCCACACACACACAUGGCGUGGAAAGGAGGCUUUCCCAGAGCCAUGAACCAUGAGCAAUGUACCUGAGUAUCUGGUUAUUAGGGGACACCAGUGUAAGCUGCAUGAUGAUGGGUAACUGACUCAUUCACAGCUAUAUUCCUGGCUCCUUAGAGCAGUGUAAGAAGAUGUAGACCCUCUUUGGAAGGCAUCCUUUCAUUUGCACUUUCUCUGCUGCCUAUGGCAUUACAAGUUUUGUGCUCACUGAAGGGCCCCUCACUCAUCAGUCUUUGACAGACAUGCAACUUCAGGACAAACAAGUCACAGUGGGAGGAAGGGAAUAAGGAUUUUACAUGAAAUUAAGCCUCAAAUGAGUCAGAAGCACUGUGAUGGAAUUUUGACCACAUGGGCAGGGUCAGGUAUCUGACCAAAAAACACCAAAUUUGCCAGGCAGCAUAACAGCAUACAUAUGGAGUGGUUAGAGUGCAGUCCUCAAGAAAACAUGGAGCCAGACAAUUUUAACAUGCCCCAUGUAUCAUACAAAGACAAGUAUGAACAGCUAGGAAAACUCUAGAGGACCCAGAUAUUACCAAAUAAAGCCUGUAUACUUAAAGCCACAGUACUGUGCAUCUGUAAGUCAACCAGAGAAAAACAUGUAUGAGAUUUAAAAAAUGAUAAAUGUACUCAAGGAUAGUGAGGAAAAGUUGAACUGUUUAGAUAAUGGUAUUGUAACAACUGGGGUAGUCAUCUGAGAAAAGUGUUUGAUCUAUAAGCUAUGUUAUAUAAAACCUACCUCUAAAAAAAAAUAAAAGCUCUGCAAGGCAAUAGUGAACUAUUCUAUUCUGGAUUGAGGAAGCCAUUCUAAGACUAAAAUUCUAGGGUAGAAAAAAAAAGCACUAAAAAUUGGUACAUAAAAAGAAAAUUGCAUAGUAAAAUCAUCAUAAGUCCCAAUGACAACAAAUUGGGGAAAACCUUUUUCUCAUUACAGUUGAGGUAUUAGUAUCUCUAACAGCUCCUAGAAAUCACUUAGAAAAUGUAGAAAAAUGAGCAGAUAUGAACAAAAGCAAAUACAAAUGUCUCUUAAACUUUAAAAGUUGACCAAUCUUAUCUAUAAUAAUCAUAUAAAAUAAAAAGCACAUUGACCAUUUUUCAUCUAUCACAAUGGCCCAAAUCCAACAUUUUCUAGCAUCUGUGAUGGUGACACUGUCACAGAUUUCAGAUGGCCUGUCUUGUGCAGAGAGCAGUGUAUCAGUAUCUUUUAUUA